AUGUCGUUCCGGCAUCAGUUGAUUUUCCUUCUCUUCGUCUCCGACUUCUGCAAAGCAACUUGGGAGAUGAUCUUCCCGGCAGUAGCUCUUUCCCGAGGCAUGAUCAGCGCCGACUCGUCCUUCUGCCAAGCUGCUGGAUUCUUCUCGGAGACAUUUAUCGAGGCGACUGAUUUUGCGGUAUUUGUGAUUGCAUUACAUACCGCGCUGUACGUCUUUCUACCGCAUAAACAGACGGGACAGGAAGGAGGACUGUAUCCGUACAGAAAUUGGGUGUUUACAGUGUGGGCCUUAUUGUCGAUUCUGUUGGCGAGUUUGGUGUUUGCUGGUGAGGGAUAUGUACCAUUACCGAACUGGUGCUACAUCCCAGUGAAACCCAUCGCAUGGCGAAUGGCACUGACAUGGGGCCCCCGGUUCUUCAUUAUUGGAUUUGUGCUGGUGUUGUAUCUCGCGCUUUACAUCUACGUGAAGAGUCGAUUCCGGUCGAUUCGGAAGGAUAUUCAUCACCCCUCGUUGUUGAGUGAGGAUUUGCCGGAGCCUGCUGGGGCUGCAGUGGGGAGAGAAGGGAGACGACCCAGUCAAGAUGCCGGUAUCGCAAUGCUUGAUACGCACGGUUUACUCGGUGAUGUAUCAGAAGAGGCACCACCACAACCACCACAAUCAAAAUCCGCAUCCGCAAGUCAAAGACGACACAGGAAUUUUAGUGCCAUCUCCCUCACUAGCCGACGAACAAGCUCGGCACCCCUCGAACACCCCGUCCUCGCACAAGAUUCAGCGCACGGGAGCACACCAUCACCCCUCCCGCUCGACAUUCCCGCCGCCGAAGAGCUAACCAUCGGCCCCUUCCCCGGCCAACGACACCCCGAUCCAACCACCACCUCCACCCAACAAGCCCAUCUCAACCAACCCCUAACCCCCAUGCAAGAACUCCACAAACGCCACCUCCUCGUCAUUCGCCAACUCCGCCUAUUAUUCAUCUACCCAAUCGUCUACCUCUUCCUCUGGAUCAUCCCCUUCGUCCUCUACGUGUUCCAACUCUCCUCUGAAUCCGUGACGAAACCGAUUUUCGUACUGCAUACGAUCUCGUCGGGGGUUAUUCCACUGCAUGGAUUCGUGGAUGUGAUGGUGUUUGUGACGAAGGAGAAACCGUAUGUGAGGGUGAGUCAAUGGAUUCACGACAAACGCCACGGAGGAGAUCCGACGGGUGGGGACAGGAAGGGGAGUACGGCGUCUGUGGGAUCGAAUGCGAGUUCGUCGGAGGGGAAUUAUACGGUGCAGGCAAGUCUGGGACAUUCGAUGAAUGAUGCGUAUCUGAGACGGAUGGAUGAGGAUCGACAACUCAGGGAAGAGAGGAAUGAGAGGGAGGAAAGGAGGGAGAGGGCGAGGGGGGAGGGUAGUAUGAGUGCUGAGGCGGAUGCUCGUUGGUGGGAUAAAUACGAUCUUGAGACGGGGUUAAGUGGGGAGGCGCUGACUACAGGGCAGCGAGGGAGCUCGAGUGCGGUGGCCACGGGAACACGGCGAGGCGAGCAACUGAAGGAUGGGGAGAUGAUUCGGAUGCAGACGUUCACGUUGAUGGAUAGGCUGACUGGGCCUGAGAGUCGCGAAAGCGACCGGUCACGGCGGUCAAAACGAUGA